CGCCUCAUUUCUCUUGGUCUCUCUCACUGAGCGAUUCUGCAAAUCUUAUCCAUCCUUUAAUCGAAUCCGAUCGGAAAUCCAUAGUUUUGGUGGCGAUUCGAUUGUUUGUUCCUCGGAAUUUUUCGAGAAAAUUUGAGUUUUUCUUUGUUUGUUUGUACGGCGGAGCGGAGAAUUUUGUUGGAGGAGAUUUGAGAAUGUCUAACUCGUCGACGAGCAGCGUAUACAAGCAAGUCAUCGAGGAUGUCAUCGCCAAGGUCCAUGAUGAGUUCGUCAAUAACGGUGGUCCUGGCAAGGAUGUUCUCGGCGAGCUCCAAGGACUAUGGGAGAUGAAGAUGAUGCAAGCUGGAGCUAUACUCGGUACGACGGAGAGAUCUUCAGCUCAAAAGCAGCCAACCCCUGGUGCUGGAAUUACUCCCGUUCACGAUCUUAAUGUCCCAUAUGAAGGGCCGGAGGAGUAUGAAACUCCUACAGCUGAGAUGCUUUUUCCUCCUACACCUAUGCAAACUCCAAUGCCAACACCAUUACCAGCAAGUACACCGUUACCAGGAAGUGCUGACAACUCUACGUAUAACAUUCCUACUGGUCCUAGUGACUAUCCCACUCCCACAAAUGAUGGUGGGGGUAAUACUGAGGGAAAAGGUGGAAGGCCGAACCCCUAUAUGCAAACUCCUUCUCCUUGGUCAAAUCAAAGGACUCCACUUAGUGUUGAUGUUAAUGUUGCUUAUGUGGAAGGGCGGGAUGAGGUGGACAGAGGAACCUCUCAGCAACCCCUGAUGCAGGACUUCUUUACGAUGUCUUCUGGAAAGAGAAAACGUGACGAUUUGGCUACACAAUAUCGCAAUGGUGGAUACAUACCCCAGCAAGAUGGAUCUGGAGAUGCUAUGUCUGAGGUUUUAAAGAUAGAGGUAACCCAAAGGAACUGCAUUCUUGGUCGAGGUGACUCAGCAACAAAUGCAAACAGAGAGAUCUUAUCUCAUCUGGCUAGGUCAACUUCAAAGAUCCCUCAACUAGAUGGGCCAAUUCCGGAUCCAUAUGAUGAUAUGCUUUCUACUCCCAAUAUAUACAAUUACCAAGGAGUUGUCAAUGAAGACUACAAUAUAGUGAACACACCAGCUCCUGAUGUUCAGGCUGCUACCCCUGCUCCUAUUGUUCAAAACGAUGCUGCAGAUGAUGACGACGAUGAGCCAUUGAAUGAAAAUGACGAUGAUGAUUUGGAUGAUGUGGACCAGGGAGAGGAGCUGAACACACAGCAUUUAGUUUUGGCUCAGUUUGAGAAGGUCACACGUACCAAGAGCCGAUGGAAGUGCACACUCAAGGAUGGAAUUGUCCACAUAAACAACAAGGACAUUCUCUUUAACAAGGCAAAUGGAGAAUUUGAGUUCUAAUUUUGUUAGAGACAUGCCUAUUUAUCAUCAAGUUGCGGUUAAGGAUCAAAUCUGAGUUGUCUUUUGGUCCUACGUAAUUUUUCUAAUUAUUAUUAUUAAAUGGAAGCUUGAGAUUGUACAUAAAAAAAAAAAAAAAUGGUAUAAGCUUUUUCGGCCUGGGAAUCUAUUGAUACUUAAAACAUGUUUUAUGAAGUUUUACCGUUUCCCAGAUGGAAUUUGUAAUUCCAUCCGUACUUAUAAAUACUUCGGAACAAU